AUGGAGGACCAGGAAGAACCAGUAACGAGUCAGGAUUCUGUAGAGGUGGUGUUGUGUGAAAAGGCCUCCAUUGACGAUGUCAUCAUAGGAAUGUUGCAGUCAUUCAGGUCAGGAACAUUUGCUCGCGUGCCAUCUGCAGCCAGGCGUGCGUGGAUCGUCAAAAAACUCGACAUUAUUUUACUCGUGAGACGUCCAUCCAACAGUUACAGCCUGGACACAGGCACAGCACAGACACAAGUACAUGUAGACACACCGAGCUACAAUCAGCCGCAAUGGACGGACGUGAGGAGCGAAUGGGCCCGAAAGCCGGAAAGCAGUAGUAGCACCACCAGUAAAACUAAUAACUACACGUCCAACUUAAACGGCAGCACCCCUUUAUUAAAAGACCCCGUCGAGUUCGCGCACCCACGUUUUUAUAACGCGCCCGCGUCAAAUGGCGACGACGAAGACGCAACGCAAGUUUGCUGGGCACUCGAUCAUACCAAUGAGACGCCUCAGACGCGCACCUCAACCUCAAGACUGCUUCUGGGUUGUGGGGGGUCGGGACCCAGGCAAAACGGAAGAUUGAACCCAAGGUUUGUUGGCUCACGAACGAACCCUGUAGACUUGCAUGCAGGAGGAAGUUGGGAGACAGAAAUCCUUGAGGCAAGGAAGAGUUGA